CGCCUUCGCCUCCGUUGCUCAUCGUCAUCGACCAGGUCAUAAGCGCAGCUCAGAAGCGAGGUUUCCAUCUCGGCAAUGGCGCCGUCCGUCUCCACCGGCGCUGCGACGCCGUCCCGUAGGAAGGGCGCGGCUGCGGGCGUGGAGGAGGCCGAGCUCCUGCGGGGGCGGAACGCGGAGCUGGAGCGGGAGGUGGCGGCGCUGCGCGCGGAGCUGGGCGCGGCGCGGCGGCGCGCGGAGACGGCCGAGGAGGCCGAGGAGCGGCUGUGCGUGCAGCUGGGCGAGGCCGAGGCAGAGGCCGUCGAGAUCGCGCGCGCGUACCAGGGCCGCGUCGAGGAGCUCGACAGGGAGCUCGCCGCCGCGCGCGCGGCCAGGUCAUCCUAGCUGGCAGCCGCAGCUGCCACCAAGCGCGUCUCGCGACGCCAUUGAUUGGCUUCUCUUGAAUUCUUUAGCAAACGAGCAGAGCAGAUAGCAGAGGAAGUAGAACGAAAUCAGAUGUAGAGUUGAGUAAAAAAUGUAGAAAUCAAACGGGAUUGGAUUCUACUUCUUCCGAGUGAUGAGCAUCUAUACAAAUGGCACACGAUCAGGUGUUCUCGCGAAGGGGCUUCAUCAAAUCGAGCCAUGUACAGUAUCUUCGAUGUUGCAUUAAAUUCCUUUGGGUUGCGAAUAAUGGAAUUCAUCAA